CGCGCACGCGAAACGUGAUCGGUCGUUCAAAUCUCGGUGAGAGCCAAUCAGAUGCGUCCAGAUCACAGGUGCCGUAGUCGUAGCGGAAGUGAAGAAAAUGGCUGCUGCGAGGAACGGAAAGAGUGGAAUUCUGGAAAAAUGGAGAAUCGAUGAGAAGCCGGUGAAGAUCGAUAAAUGGGACGGAGCGGCUGUGAAGAACUCUCUGGACGACGCGGCCAAGAAGGUGCUGCUGGAGAAGUACUGUUACGUGGAGAACUUCGGUCUGGUGGACGGCCGUCUGAUGGUCUGCACGGUUUCCUGUCUGUUCGCCAUGUUGGCGCUCGUCUGGGACUUCCUGCACCCCUUCCCCGAGUCCAGGCCCAUCCUCGCCUGCUGCGUCAUCUCGUACUUCAUCAUGAUGGGCAUCCUGACUCUGUACACGUCGUACAAAGAGAAGAACAUCUUCCUCGUGUCGCUGCAGAAAGAUCCGGCCGGGAUGGAUCCGGAUCACACGUGGCAGCUCUCCUCCUCCCUCAAACGGUUCGAUGACCAGUACACCCUCCGAGUCUCCUUCACCGACGGGAAGUCGAGGAACACGCGGGACACCGAAUUCACAAAGUCGGUGUCGGCGUUCUUCGACGAGGACGGGACGCUGGCCAUGGAUCAGUUUGAGAAGUGCGUUUCUAAACUGCACGACACGCUGAGCGCAGACAAGAAGAGCAAAUAAAACGCAGAUCAGGAAACAAACACAUUAGUGAAACAUCAAGAGAGAAACGUUCAGUGUCUUCAGAUUCCUCUUCGUCGUUUCUCAUUAUGGAGACUAAACAUUCGUCUUCGGGACGUUUGCUUCAAUUUUGGACAUUUUUGUGAACGAUUAUCGAUUUGAAUAAAAAAACCUGAAUGCUAAUAGAAAUGAAGCGUAGCUCUGAUGAUUCAAGUUCUGCAGCAGCUCGUUAAAAAGCAUUCAGCUUGUUCCAUCCCAUAAUAGCAACAAGACUUCCUGCUUGUUCUCAAUGAAGUUAAAAAUGUAGAAAUGUUUUGUGAGCGCUAACACUGUUUACGGCAGAUUAGCUUCGUGCUAAACUAAGAAGACCUAUUGAUGCCUCGCAACAGGAAGUGGACCGAAUGUCGACCAAACUUACAUUUGGAAUGUUUUUAUUAUUUCUUCUCCCCGAGUCUGAAACAAGUGUGUGAACAUAUUAAAGAUGGAGAUUGUUACCGACA